GGCCCGCAAGCCCCAGGCCCGCCCGGCCCGCCGCGGCCGCCAUCUCCGUGCGCACCCUUCGUCCCGGGCGGUCACCGGUGCCGCGGCACUUCAGUUCCGAGCGGGCGGAAGGACAACGGUGCGGCACCUCCCCUCCGUUCCCUCGCCCAGUCCCCGCUCCCCGUCCCGUUCCCGUCGGGAGCCCUGCGGUUCGUGUCCCCGUCCCUGUCCAUGUCGCGGGCAGGGAACGAUGGCACUGCCGCGCUGGAGCGGGCCGGGGCGGAAACGCUGAAGCGGGCGGUGCAGCUGGACGUGGCGUCCCGGUUCCAGGAGUCGCUGGUGUGUUACCAGGAGGGCAUCGACCUCCUGCUGCAGGCGAUGAAAGCCACGACUGAUGAGGCGAAAAAGCACCGCUACCAGCAGAAGAUAUCCGAGUACCUGACCAGAGCCGAGGAGAUUAAAGAACACAUUAAGAAACAAGAUAGCAAAUACCAUAAGCAAAUCAGAAUAGAAGAAAAUGCAACAGGUUUUGGUUAUGAAAAGCUUUUCCACGAGUACCUCACUGAGAAUGUUUCUGAAGUUUGGGUGGAGGACCCGUACAUUCGCCAGGGUCAUCAGUUGUAUAACUUUCUACGAUUCUGCGAGAUGCUAGUUAAGGGGCCAUGCAAGGUGAAAACAAUCCACCUCCUCACUUCUUAUGAUGAGGGUAGUGGGAGGAGUCAACAGAUGAGUGCCUUGGAAGAAAUAAAACAGUCAUUGAGAAAUUAUGGAGUAACACUGAAUAUUAACUUUUCGUCUUCAAUACAUGAUCGAGAAAUCAGGUUCAACAAUGGGUGGAUGAUUAAGAUAGGAAGGGGUCUUGAUUAUUUUAAGAAACCAAAGGGUCUUUUCAGCAUUGGAUACUGUGACUUUGACUUGAGACCUUGUCGUGAAACAACAGUGGAUGUCAUUCUUACUAAACACACAAAGAAAAUGUGAUCAGAAAUGACUGCUUUUAAUAAGUGUUUUCAUAAACAUAAAAACGUAAGACUGAAAGAUGUUGCUUGAGUCCAGCUGGUUGCCCACAGAAGCAACUCUUCUAAGUACUUAAUGCAGCACAGCUUUUAAAAUCUAUAUGUUUUAGAAUGUUUGAGACUUUCCAGUCUGAGAAAACAAAACUGCGUGAUUCCUUCAUUGAACUUCUUCGGUAAUCUUAAUUACAAUCCAUGUCUAAAUUUUAUCUUGAUUUCAUAACAGACCCUCAAUAGUGUCUUUCAAAAGCCUCUAUACUGUCAUUUCUGUUUUUACUGUUGAUUUUGUCUUGAGCCUGUUUUGGAUUUUAUAUCUUUAACUGACCACCUCACAAUCAUUGGAAGCUGGGCUCCCACAUGUCCCCUUUUAUAAGCAGUCUUAUUUAUUUCCUUUAUUUCCUAUGACUAGUAUUCUAGUUAUGACUACUAUUUUGCUGGGUUUUUGUCAAUCCUGUAAUACUUUAUUUCCCAGACUUUACUAGUAAUCCCAAUUUUCACAUUCCAUUUUCCAAGCUCUUAGCCUAUGAAUGUUGUAGUGUUCAGUACACAGUCAUUUUAGGGUUGUCUUAUGUGUCUCUGCAUAAUGUAUUUUGGACUGGGAAGGCUGCAAACAGCUGUAAUCUCUUCCCUGGCACUUCUGUGUGUUCUUUUAUUCCAUGAUACAUAUACCUGACAUCCAUCUUUCGCAUUAAGUGUGGAAAGGAUGUGUGAUCCUCUCUCAGUCUUACUCUCUGACUUUAAAGCCCAAUGACUGGCUUUUCAUGCCACUCUCAACUGCACUAAGUAUUUCGCUACUACUAAGGGAGUCCCCUAAAAGGAAAAUUUAAGUUUUUUUCAGAAGUUGGGUACCCUGAGUAUUUCAGUUGGUCAGAGCAUGGUGUGAAUAAAGCCAAGGUCAUGUGUUUUAUCCCUGUAAGGGUCAAUCACUUAGGAGCUGCACUGGAUCCUUGUGGGUUCCUCAAAAUAUAACAGGUCCCUCAACUCAAAAUAUUCUGUGAUUCUUAGCAAUAUACUAUAUUUAGAAUAAAGACAAAGUCUUCCCUUGUCAUUCCUUCAGCCUUUGGAAACCAGAAGGUAUUACCAGAGGUGCUGCCUUUUUUUUUUCCCCUUAUACAAGAGUUCUUUGUUAGCAAGAAUCUGCCUAAGUCAUACAAUCUGACAUAAAAAAACAGGCAGUGGCCUCCUUUUCAGGUCCCAUCAAAAUCUUUUCAGCCUCAGGACUGACACGUGCCUUACACUUUCUGCCUUGCAAUGCAAUAGGCCCUUAUAUUCUAGUAGCAUGUUUAUUACUAGAACUUUUUUUUGUUUCCUAUAUUUAUUGUUCUUGAUGGUUGGUGUGUUCCAUUAUCUUUUUUUUCCCCCUUAAUGUACUUUAUUAUUUCAUCUUCUGUCAUCUAAUGCUGCUAUUCUUUUCCUCUUGUUUCUAAUAACAAAUCUAUUCCACAGCAAUCAAUAGGAAAUGGAGCUGGUCUUUGCCUUGUUUUCUGGGUCACAAUUAGCCAGUGGUCUGCCUUCUUUAUCCUUUCUCAUAAUAAUGUUUCAGCUUUGCAGUGUUGCCUCAGCAAAAUGAAUAAUAUAUGUGCCACAGAGCUGUGUGCUAUUAGUCAUUCCCCCAAACAUUCCAUAGGAGCUUCCUGGUUUGCUGCUGUGAUACAAAGUUUCUAGUCACUUGUGAAUUUUAUUCAGUUGUGUAUAAUAUAUGCCUAUUUUUAAUGGGAAUAAAGGUUGUUUUUUAUUAUUUGUAGCUUCAGUCAUCUGUUUGAUUUCUUCACAACAUCAGGAAAUUCAAGGAAG